ACGGCUGCUGAGUGUAGUGUGGACGGGAGACAGAGAGUGAGAGAGAUAAAGGAGGAGGAAGAGGCAAAGGGCUGCCUUCAUCACUCCUGCUUUUCUCCCUGAGGAGGCGUCGGUGUGAGGAAGCAGGACCAACAGAGGAGGAAGAGGAGGACGAGGGGGAGGAGGAGGCAUUUGAAUACUGCUGUCUGUCAAGAUCCGUCCUGAGUCGCUGACCUGUGACCCCUCCCCCUGACCCCAGCGGUUGGUUCUGGCUAGUGUGAUGAUGAUGAUGAUGAUGAUGAGGCGAGGUCACGGCUCAGCUGCACAUAUCGCAUAGUGUGAAGGGAGGACAAAGGUUGUCGCGACUGCAACACACGGACACGCAGAGGGAUGAGCCCUUGAAAGUUUUUUUGAGUGCAAAGAAGACGACCGUUGGAAGGUCACGCAGAGGGUACAGCGGUAUUUAUAAAAGCUCUGGGGCUAAAACCUGAGAUACAGAACUGCUGGAUAUCCUUGGAACUUUUUCAAUCUUUUUGUGCAAUUCUCGGAAUUUUAAAAUUGCAGACGGUAGAGAUUAGUUCAAGUCAAAGAACCGUUGAACUAAAUCUUUUACCGAGGACUUCAUUUUGUUUUUUCGGAGCAGAACUACAUUUUUUUUUUUUCUUUCUUUCUUGCAGUUUUCUUUUUGUUUCCUCCUUCUCCCUCUUGUCCAUUCUGUUGUCGGGAGUCUUCUUGAUUUUUUACAAUUUCAUCCUCUCCUCCUCCGACGGAGGAAAUGUCUCUGUCUCCUUCGACACGAGAACGAAAGACAGGAAGUUGACUCCUGCUAGGAGCGAGGCCGAGAGACGAAGGAGGAGAACGGAAAGAGGAGCGAGCGGGGAAAAUGUCGUGGAAGAGGAACUACUUUGCGUCGGGUGGAGGCGGGGGAGUCGGGAGCGGUGCUGGCGGCGGCGGCAGCAACGGUGGUGUUGGGAUGCAGGGGAUGUUGACGCCUCGCACCAUGACGUCCAUCGCUCCCAGUAAAGGGCUGAGCAACGAGCCGGGACAGAACAGCUGCUUCCUGAACAGCGCCCUGCAGGUUCUGUGGCACCUCGAUAUCUUCAGGCGUAGUUUCCGCCAGCUGACGACUCAUAAGUGUAUGGAGGACUCGUGCAUUUUCUGCGCUCUGAAGAGUAUCUUCGCUCAGUUUCAGUACAGCAGUGAGAGAGUCUUACCGUCCGACGCGCUUCGCAGCGCGCUCGCCAAAACCUUCCAGGACGAGCAGCGGUUUCAGCUCGGCAUCAUGGACGACGCUGCAGAGUGCUUUGAAAACAUCCUGAUGAGGAUUCACUUCCACAUUGCAGAUGAGACCAAAGAGGACAUCUGCACGGCCAAACACUGCAUCCCGCACCAGAAGUUCGCCAUGACGCUGUUCGAGCAGUGUGUGUGCAGCAACUGUGGAGCGGCCUCAGACCCUCUACCCUUCAUUCAGAUGGUCCACUACAUCUCCACCACCUCUCUGUGUAACCAGGCGGUGAAGAUGUUGGAGACGAGGGAGAAAGCGACUCCCGGCAUGUUCGGGGAGCUGCUGCGAAACGCCAGCAUGGGAGACCUGCGCAGCUGUCCCAGUCAGUGUGGUCAGCAGCUCAGGAUAGCUCGUGUCCUCCUCAACAGUCCGGAGAUCAUCACCAUCGGUCUGGUUUGGGACUCUGAACACUCGGACCUCGCCGAGGACGUCAUUCACACCCUGGGAACCUGCCUGCGUCUUGGGGAUUUGUUUUACAGGGUGACGGAGGAGAAGGCUCGUCAGUCCGAGCUCUACCUGGUCGGCAUGGUGUGUUACUACGGGAAACAUUACUCCACCUUCUUUUUCCAGACAAAGAUUCGACGAUGGAUGUACUUCGAUGAUGCGCACGUCAAGGAGAUUGGUCCCAAGUGGAAAGACGUGGUCUCUCGCUGCAUCAAGGGCCACUACCAGCCGCUGCUGCUGCUGUACGCUGACCCGCGUGGAACGCCGGUGUCAGUCCAGGACCUGCCUUCACGCUUCGACCUGCACCACCUCACCAAGGCCUGUUACGACAGCGAAGACUCGGGCCGCGAGCAGUCCAUCUCCAGCGACACUCGCACCGAUUCGUCGACGGAGAGCUACUCGUACCGACAGCCCUCCCACUCGCACCAUGAGUCCCUGGCCAGUCACUACUCUUCUGACUCCCAGGGAACAGUCAUCUGCACCGAGCGCCCAGACGGAGCCCUGCACGCCUCGCUCUGCAGCCUGGAUACCAUAGGCCACGUGACGGACAGUGAGCAGCACCAGUCUCUGAGGAAGGGAGGCGGGGCCGGGGAUAGGAGGCGGAGCUCUAGCCGCCACCGGCGAUCUAAACUCGACAACGAAGCCCCGACGGCUGGUUACCACAGUGAGGGAGAGACGUUAAAGGAGCAACAGGUGCCUCGUCACCUCCCCAAACCUCCCUCCUCCUUCUCAUCAUCAACCAGUCGCCUCAGAGACUUCAAAGAGACAAUGAGCAACAUUAUCCACAGCCGACCCUCCUCCUCCUCGUCCUCCUCAUCUUUACCGGCUGCCGUGCUCGCUUCCGAAAUCAACUCCUCCUCCACCAACAACCACCACUAUCCGGCCACCAUUUCAUCUGCCUGCCCUUCCUCGAGUAAACCCCACGACUGGGAGGCCGACAGCACCAGCAGCGAGUCCAAGUCCAGCUGCUCGGGUGGAGCAGGUUCAGGGAGAUACCGGCCAGCCUGGAGGCCCCGAAGGGAGGCGCUCAACAUCGACAGCAUCUUCAACCGCGAGAGGCGACGGCAGGCGGGAUACAGUCCGCUCGGAGCCUCCCUGCCCGACGACUGUGGGGCUCCGGCCUCAGGGGGAGCAGAUGCCUCCUUCCCAGCCAAGGAGGAUGCAAGGUCCGUCAGGCCCGGCUCCUCCUGGACUCUUCCCACCACCUCCAGCAGCCACAGAGGAGAUGUACCUGCAAGCGGAAGGGGAAGUGAAGGACGUGCAGAGCUGCCUCCUCCUCCUCCCCCUCCUCCCAGGCUGAUCCAGAGGAUGGAGAGCGGAUACGAGAGCAGCGAGAGGAACAGCAGCAGCCCAGUCAGCCUGGACCUGAACUUGGGCGACAGGGACUGUGUUGUGAAGAAGCCUUCCUCCUCUUCCUCAGGUCCGGCAUGGAGGAACAUAAGGUCGAAGAGCAGUGGAGCUUUGCUGCAGGAGCUCAGCUCUGCCAACAGGGGAAGCCUCGCGCCCCCCAUCGGCCGCAGCGAGUUGGACGAGUUGCAGGAGGAGGUGCAGAGGAGAGCGAGGGAGGAGGAGCAGCACCGCCGGCAGGAGAAGGAGAGGGAGGCAGCGCUUGGCUUCAACCCCCGACCCAGCAAGUACUUGGACCUGGACCAGCUGCAGAUCCAGGGUAAAGGUGAUAACUUUGAGAGAUGCGUUUCGGAGGCGGAGCUUCUGCUGGACCAGUCGGUGCGUCUGGAGCAGGCGGGCGAGGUUGCCGCUGUGCUGUCGGCCGUCAACGAAGCCGUCUCCAAACUGCAGCUGGUGGCAGCUGAGGGCGGAGCUAGUAGUCACAGCCGGCUGCAGCGCUGCAUGAGGAGAGCCCGCAGCCUGCAGCAACGCAUGCAACUGCAGCAGCAGCAGCAGGACUCAGAGGCAGUCAGACAGCAACCGCAGCAACAACAGGAGGAGGGGCAGCAGCUGCAGGAACAGCCCAGUGAAAAGCUUUUCUCGCUCCAAAUACUUUUGACAGAGAGACAUGGCGACCAGUCAGCUGCCACUCAGGACCAACAGGCCCCGCCUCUCUCUCCCUGCCUUGUUAAGCCCCUCCCUCCCAAAACAAACUCCGUGUCUGACGCCUUCACCUGCGCUGGCACCCCUGCAGGUUCACCCAGAGACAACAGCAGGACCGGAGGCCCCUGCUUUCUCUUUGGGAAACCCAUCGCCAACGCCAGGUCCCUCCCUGCCCUGUGCGUAGAUACCUGGGAACAGAGCCCCCUGGGAGACUUGGCUCCACCCCCUCCAUCUGAGGAGGUGGAGCAUUGUGCCCAGUGGACCAGAACGCCCCCUGUCUCCAUCCCAGCACAGGCCCCGCCCCCACCCAGGCCAUAUUCUAAAACCCCUUCCCCUGUUCAUCUGAUGAUGGAGGAGGUGCCCCCUACUGCUAGCCCCAGGGUUGCCCCACUCUCAUCCUCUUUCCCAGUCAGGAACUGGUCCUGCUUGGAUCCACGCGAUGUUGUCGAUUCUCCCGUUGACCCCCCAAUCAGCCCUCCUCUUUACUCAACCCCAGACCCCCCUUCCAACGCCCCCCCUCCGCCGGUUGUGAGCUGGCCUGAACCGCCCUCCUCCGCGCCCCCCAGUCAGGACUACAAAGCAGCCCUGCCUGUGGAGCGCUGGGCGGAAAAUGUCAACAGAUACUACGGCUCCCAAAAUGCACCAGGAGGAGGAGGAGGAGGGGGGGGAGUGGCGGAGCCUGAUGAGGAGCUCUCGGAGCUGGACUCUCUGUACCAGGCCAGUUUGCUGGCUCCCAGCAUGCCGCGGGGCAGCCGUGGAGUCAGUCCUCAACCAACCAACAACAAACCAGGUGUGAGGAGGAUGCCGUCAGGAUCUGGACGGUCCAAAACACCAACGGCUGAGAUCGAGAGAUACGCCUACAGAACACCCGUUACAACUCACAAGUUGCCGUCGAGCGAAGACGAGAGCUACAGCGCAGCAAACCUGCGACGCAUUGCUCGCAGCCUAAGUGGAACCGCCAUCGGGUCGCGACCCCAAAACCCCAGCCCCUCCGACAGCUGUGAGCCCCCUGUGUCCAGGCCCCCCCUGAGACACUCUUGCUUAUCUUCCUCCCUCCCCCGUCGCCCAAGCACCUCCUCCCUGCACGUCCCCUCCUCCUCCACCUCCUUCACUACAGACCCAUCCUACCACCACCACCACCUCCUCCAACACCACCAACCCCGACACCACGGCCCCCCUGCUCCUGCACCUCCUCCACAGCACCCUCCCUUGCAGACAUCACGGCCCCCGAACUCGGGCCUCUCCUCCUGGGGACACUCAGGAGCUGGACCGGGCGUCCAGCAGCAGUUUCUGGUUGUGUCUGACCGGCACCAGGCUCUCUCAGGUCAAAGCCUCCACGGCGUCGCGUUGAGUUACGGCACUUUGCCCCGGGCUCCUCGGCGAGCGCCUCCUCCUCCCUCCUCCUGCUCCACCGCCUCCCUCCCCAGACCCAGAGCGGGCUCCGGUCCUGCCCCCCCUCUGCCAGCCCAACAGAGUCUCUACGCCACCCUCUGCCACCCUCGCCGUUCUGCCAACGCCACCAUUAACAGUCACUACCGGCAACCAUCGCUGCCCAUUAAUAUCAACGGGUCCAACCGUUACGCUCCGCACCACCUCAGGGGCCCCGGGGAGGCCCCCGCCCAGCCGCUCCGCCUGGACGUGCCCCCUGAGACCGACUGGCGUCGUGACGCCGACUACAGGACCGCCAGCUCCUCCUGGGACCCCCGCGCCGCCCGCCAACACCAGCCUCUCCAGCGGACCGUCUCCCAACAGCCUCCCCGGCCCCGCAGGGACCCCCAGCUCUGCUCGCUGUGCCAGCAACUUCCUGCCGAGCCGCCCCGCCCCUACUGUCAGUCCUGUGGCGCCUACGUGGCUCGGUUCCGCCCGGUCAGCUGAUCCGGUCCAGA